AUGGCGCCAUGCAGUUUCCUUCUCGAAAAUACCUCGGUCGAUACUGCACUGCAGGCGCAGCGAUGGAAUAACAUGGAUUAUUACGAAGAUGGAAAUGUGGGGAAAUUUGGGCAUCAUCUAGUUCAAAUCUUCGUAUGCGCAUUCGAUUUACUGCAGCCGUGCACUGAUCGGCGAAACCAGCGACUGCGUUUGAAGGUCAUUGUUCCGCCGAUGGAAGAGUAUGGCAAUUUCGUAACAUUUAUGUCAUUUUGA